AUGGCGCACGCAACCCCCCACCCGCCACCGGGGGCCGCCCCCCCCGUCCCGCUCAGCGCAGCCCACCUCAGCCUGCUCGACGCCCUGCCACACAGCCACGUGGCCCACGCCCUCAAGACCGUCGCCGUCCCCGCCAACGCCCCCCCGGACAUCGCCGGCAAGUCCUUUGCACUCGUCGUCUGCAGCCUCCACGACCAGCAAAAGUGCGACCAGUGCGCAGUCGACUUUAGCCCCGUCAACUUUCUCCAUCAGUUCCUGCGCUUUGCCCCCGCCGAAGCCAUCCCCCCGCCGCCCAACGUCGCCCCGCCCCCGCAGCGGGCUCAGGCCGUCACCAACCUCAAAGAGGCCGGCAACAAUGCGUUCAAGGCCCAAAAGUUUGACGUCGCGUCGCAGUUCUACUCGAAAGCCACCGACGCCGCUCUCAGUCGCCCGCCUUGGGAGCCGGCCGCGCUGGGAAGGGAAGAAGUGGCCAUCACUCUUUGCAACCGCUCUGCCAGCAAUGCGUUUUCUGGGAAAUGGGCGGCUGCUCUUGCCGAUGCGCAGACUGUCAUAAACCUCAAGAGGCCGUGGACAAAGGGACACUUCCGGAAAGCACGCGCUUUGGUCGGGUUGGAGCGGUACGAGGACGCAAAGCAGGCCGUCAUCGAUGGGUUGCAGUACGAGCCUAAUGACAAGGAAUUGAACAACUUUCUCCAAGAGAUUGAAGAGAAAAUAAAGGAAGCGGACGCAGCCUUCCCAGACACCAUUCAAUGAAAAAAGAAAAAGAACGGCUCAUCAUUGUACCAUUCAUCUAUGUAUACCCUACAGGUUCCUUCUGGUAGUCCUUCUGUAGCUGCAAUUCAUCGAGUAAUCCAUCUCAUGGUCUUAAUCGUCCUCGAUUACAGUAAGCGAGCUAUGGAUAGAGUAUGUGGUGACACAAGACGAC